AAAUAUUGACCCAAAAUUCAUGAACUGCAGUCAACUACCUAACAUAUUUGUUUAAUAUGUAUCAUAAGUUUAAGAACGCAAAAUACAGCAUACAGAAAAAAGGUGGUCAACUGAAGUUUAGUAACUCGCUGAGUGACGGGCACAGUAAAUUUACUGUUCCAGCUCAAAUUAAAGGGACUACUGACAAAACCGACCCCUCGGUUCAAGUUGCAAUUAGUCGCUUAAAACAUGAAAGCCACGACUCGUGGCCGGCAAUUCUGCAGAGCUGGUCUAUAACGCAUGCUCUAGGAUUCAAAGUCUUGAAAAUACAAGACCUCAGUCGUAUACAACCGGCGAGAAGACAUCCGAAUCAAGCAAAGAGCAACAUUUCGUCAGUCCCUACUUUCAAGAGUGGAAAGUACUUGAUUGUCCAAACGGAUAUCUGUUGGUAA